AUGGUUCGUGGCACCAAGGUGGAUAUCCCCAACCCAUUCAAAAAUAAUGAGUACAAACCAAUAUUUCUUCUGUCAACUGAGCCAUCCAACGUUGUCGAACAAAAUGAAUUGAAUAAAAGAAUAUCAGAGAUUGAAAAGAAUUUGGAGGCUGUUGAAUCGAUAUUGAAUGAUUCGAGAAGUGUUAUUGUCAACGAAAAUGGUGAAGCUCACCACGGUCUUUCUAGAUCGCGCUCAUUUUCUUCACAGCAUAAUGGUCAAGAAGAUAUGCGAUCUAAAAUUAUCGAAUUGAAGCACCGUUUGUCAAGCCAGAAAUCGAUAUCAGAUCUUAGAUCCGAAAGUGACCUUAGUGGGUAUGGGAAGUUGAGACACUACAGAAGUACCAGUAUAAUUAGUGAUCGAGUAGAUCGUCAAAGCAAAUAUGGAGGUCUGGAUUAUAAUGACUACGUGUAUAGCCAGUCAAGAUAUGGAAGUGGCAAUUAUUCAGAAAGUAAUCUUGACUUGAUUUCUUUGCCAGGUUUCAAAUAUGAAUAUACCCAGAAAGACCAAGAAUUGAAGCUGAAUAUUAAUGCCCUAAGGGACAGGCUUAUUAGAAAAAGAAUUUCUGACACUGCCUUAUCCCUCAAGGCACACCCAUAUUUAUCAUCAUUGAACUCAAGGAGCAGUAAUCGUAUAUCCCCAGAGCCAGAACAAGCCACAUUGAGGAGCAGCAAAAGACUCUCAAUCAUAGAAGAUAGUUACGAGAAGUUAACUGGUUCAAGCAGCAACAAGCGUGAUAUCCAAUCCCCAGAAUCUCAAAGACAGACUGAAGAAUUGAAAAAGGGGCCAAGAAGAAGUCUAUCGUAUGGAUACUUGCGUUAUUCUCAGUAUACAAAUAAAUCAACCAAUGCAUUGAGUCCAACAAAAGAGGUAAUAUCCCCACAAAAAAGCGUUUUCAGUGAUGCCACGGAAAAUACUGCCAAAUCCGUCACUUCCAAUAACAACAACACCACCAAGUCUGAUAUCAGUUCCAACACCAGGGUGCUUCGAAUGGUCAAGAGUAUUGAAAGUAUGAAUGGAUCUCAGAAUUAUAAUAGUAAACUUGUGGACAAAGAGAAAUUAGCUAAACUUAACGAGGUUCGCGAUGUCCUGGAGCGGAGAGUUGAAAGCUUGAGAAAAAGACUUACCGCCGAUGGAUUCGGAGCCAUUGAUGAUGCUACCAGCCAAAGCUAUAGUGCAUUCAAAGCACAACGACAGAACCAAAAACAUAAAAGUUCUCCAGUAGUCUUCAAAAAUCCGAAGGCCAUGGAUGACGAAUUAGUGAGUAAGCAGGCUGAUGUCAAAAACAAAAUCCAAGACUUGAAACAACAGGUCUCCAAUAGACAAAGUGAUAGAUUGUCGAAAACAUCAUCUCAAAUUCUUGAUCCUAUGGCUCCUAGGGCGCCAAGUAGAACAAGCCAAUAUCUCAAAUCAUUGCACCAGAAUAGUUUUGGCGAAGAAGAAGAAGAAGAAGUUCAACAAGCGCAACAAGCUGAAAAUACAAUUCCUGAGAAUCAACAAGAUGAAUCCGACGAAAAUUUGAUAGCAACAAAAGAUACAGAGAAGUCCUUUGAAGGAGAACAAGAUGGUAAUAUGUACAACAACUUUGGGAAAGAGGCAUCAAUGGAAGAAUUUGUUGAGGACUCACCAUUGUCCCUGACAGUUGAUGCUAGUAAAAACGCAUCCAGUGCAAUUAAUACUCCUCACACCAGUGUAACUCAAACUACGGGUAUUAAUAACAGUGAUUCGGACCAAACACCUCGAGCUCGGAAUUCCAUUUGUUCCCGAUACUCCAUAAGUCAUGAAUAUGCAUACACUAAACCAGAUCUAAACACAGUGGCUCAGAAUUUGACAUAUAGAAGGUCAGCAUUUGCUGAUACAAUGGAUGAUGAUGAUGAUGACGAUGUUAUGAGUGGUAAUCAGUUGGAAGCUACUAUUGACGAAGAUGCUUUCAAAUCUGAAAACAUGGGCAAUGAUGGCGGCUCAGGUUACCAGAAUCUCAGAAUUUCCAUUGAUAAUGAUACAUUAUUUGAUUUACCUCAUGCAGCCGGUGCCAACCCGACUGAGGGAUUGGGUCGCAGACUUAGUGUCAAAGGAUACAAAAGCCAUGGGAAAUCACAUUCAAUUUCAAGUAAUAUUUCCGCUAUGGAAAGAGGCAGUAACGUGAAUGAGAAAAGAGCAUCUCAAUAUGGUGAUCAGCGCGGGAGUGCUAGUACUGGUGGAACUCCGGUAAUACAUAAGCAGAUUGAUGACAGCGAUAUUAUUAGCUCAUAUAGUGUUGAGGCAAGAGAUAUUUUCACUGCUGCUUCCGCCAACAAGACAAUGGCACCUUCUGACAAGUCUGAUUUGCGUCAUAAGCUUUCAACAAAAAGAUCAUUUAACGUAUUGAAACAGUCCAUUGUUGAGAGUAAUUAUGGUGAAGCCGCUGUUUCAUCUCCGGGUGCUACCAAACCCUCUAGAAAUGUUCAGCAUAAAGUGACAAGAAAAAAGCAGAAGCAAAAGUCUGGAUUUCUCAGACGUUUGGCAAGCUUGUUCAAGCGUGGAUAG